GUCCGAUCCAAACGCCGAUGGUAGUGAAUGGGAACAGUAUUCAGCAUCCACACACAUUGCCAGCGCCAGAGUGAAGAAAUGUUACCUUUUCCGUUCUCACUUAAGCAAAAUCUCUUUUUAUCUCCUGAUGCUCACUCUUCUUAACUUGUUGUACAAAACAUACACGCCCACUCCGUAAUCUUGGCACAACGCCUCGUCGGCCUCCACGCGAUCAAAGAUAGCCCGUGCAUAUCGACAUAAGAACCAAUUCCAGAGCCAAAACCAUACUGGGACGCGUUGCUGCACAUCAUUACGCGCUUUUCCAUUGGGAUUAGCGGCAAUGGCAUCGCAGCCAGUCUUGCCCGGGAAAUCCUCAACACCUCCAUUGAAAUCACUUUCUGAAUUUAAGGAAGCCCCUAAUCGGAUUCUGCCUGAGAAACCAAACACGUCUCUGCUCAGGCCAAGGGAAUCUCGCCCCAGUGACAGAAGCAGUCCAAGUUCGCCAAUUGUCGCUUCGCCGAGUGGAGAUGUGAUUCUCAAGUACACUAAGCUAUCCUCAGGAGAAAGCUACUACUGGAAAGUGGACAGUCGAAUGCUCAGGGAGAAUAGUCCCUAUUUUCGAGUUCGCCUGGACCCUACCAAUAACUUCAUCGAGGGCCAACUGCUUGCACAACAGCUAGCAGAAUCCUCGGGAUCAGGCUCCCUCCCCAUCGUGGUUAUUCCCGCAACACCUUUGACUGAACUGUACGGUGUUGAUGCUAUGGAGCUAUUCUUGCAGAUUCUAUGCUUCGAGUCUCUGGCAUCCGAUGAGAAUUUCGACGAGGAUGAAGGUCUGGAGAAUGUGUUUACUUUCAACCUCAAAGCUCAACCUCUAUCUCUGAUUGCUAGAUUGGUUGAGAUUGCCGACUAUUACAACUCCCCGCUGCCUGUUCUUGAUGCCCUCCGCCGUAUGGAUUACUCUCUGGGCAAGGGCAGAUCACGACUUCACAAGUUCAGCGAGUCAACCUUGAAGAUGAGUGAAGAUCGGAUCCGGCAGGCGAUUGUUGUUGCGGACUUCCUAAAUCAGGAAUCUGUCGCGAAGAUUAUGACGCACGCGUUGCUGAUAGCCGGCUCCAAGCGCUGGGUUCACUCACCAGACGUACCAGAGGGUCCAUAUUUUCGUUGGCAGUACUUGGCGAAUGGAUUAGAGGAGGAGCUCUAUUACCGACGACAGUGUGUCUUGAACACGAUUACCGACCUCCAAGCAUAUUUUCUUCGCAAAUACGGUGCACUGGAAAGUAACGAGCCCAUGCCUGUCCCCUCUGGAGCCGUGCAACAUCAUACACCCUCACAGCACCGUGUUUACCAGUGCCGAGCUGGACUUGGCAAUGCAAGCCAGUGCGAUCUAUUUCAUUUGGGCCAGAUGACUCGUUUCUUCGCGCUGCGGGCCAAGUCAAUCUUCAUAGGAUCUACUCUAAUUGAUCCCGAGUUUAGUCCUCCUGGCGCCGAAGAUGAGCAUGACGGCAAGGAACAGCCCUCAAUAGGCCCCGACCUCGCCUCCCUCAUCGUCUCACUGAAAAAAUACCCUGAUUAUCAGAUUGAUCUCCAUCAUCAGGCUUGUGGUGUAAAGCGUCGGUUACUUCCGAUCCUUGAUGGCAUUGAGAAGUUUCUGAUGGACGGGCGUGGCAUGCUAGGCCUUGUGCCGUCGCACUGGGAUCAGCUAGAGAAUCGCCAACGGCUGCAGUGGCAAUCCGAGACCUUGUUUGCUGAGGAAAUACAUAUCGUACUCAACCAGAUAUCCUACGUGCAUAUCGGACCCCAAGGCGCCAUCGCUGUCAAAAGCGGUUCUCACAGCACCAGAUCACUCAGCCAGGAGGACCAUGCAAGGGCAUUGUUUACUGCCAAGAAGCGGAAGUGGGAGCCAGAAACGUUUUGAUUACUUGGCUCUUGUCGGGUGAUCACAGAACGCGUCGUUAUUACAUAUUCCCAUUCCCUGGCCCAUCUUCUCUCGUUGCGAUUUCCUUCGGUACUAUGACUCGACUAUGACGGUUUGUCGGCAGAGACCAAUGCUGGAACCGAGAAGACGGGGUCUAGACUUUGGAGUUCCAGAUUGCUUGUACAUGCAGAAUUGGACGUGGGUCUGUCUCCUAGAACAGAUGAUGCGCUUGGCUAGCAGGUUGAGAUACUGGCUGAACGUUUGAAUGUACUCGGCAUGACUUUUAUGAUAGACGGAAUGUAAAAUAUUGAGGUCUGUGUACAGAUUCGAGUAACAACUUGAGGAAAACAGUACGGCCCUCAUCAUAGGGACCAGAGAAAACAAAAACUUUUGCCUGUUUGUCCUGAGUCUAUGAGAAUUUUCAUGUAUGAGAUAAAAGUUAGGAAUCAAACAGGAAGAAGCAGCGCAAGUUCAG